AUGACACUACCUCCCUUACCAUUCAAAGUGAAGACAACGGUUUCAUGGCCUGGUGAAGAGUCUGGUGAUUUGGGAUUCGUUGAAAAUGAGUUGAUCCAGGUGUUUUCCAUAGUUGAUGAGAGUUGGUGGAGUGGGAAACUACGUCGAAAUGGAGCUGAAGGAAUAUUUCCUCGAGAAUAUGUCACAAUAAUGGAGGAUGAUGCAUCGAGAACUCCCCCUUCGGGGAUGGGUACACCCACAAAGAAGAGACAGAUGGGCGGAAGUACUAUGUCAGUUGACCGAAUUCAAAAGCAACCUUCAAACGCCAUGUUAAAUUACAAAAUGGGAGACGUUGCAUCACCAUCUAGAGGUUCAUAUGACAGAAUGAAUCAAAGCUUUGAAGGGACCUCUUCAUCAAUGAAAAGCUCUUCUGCCUACAUUUCUCAAGGAAGCAACAACAAAUUGUCUCAUCAGCAACAAUCGCAAUUACAAAGGGACCGUGAUACGGAGAUUGAAUACUUUAAACGCAUGCAGCAUCAGUUAAAGCAACAAGAACAACAGCUCAACAACUAUAAGCUCUAUAAAUCUACGCUGGAUUUGAAUAGAAACGUCAUGAUGUCACCUCCCAGGGACAUGGCUCAUUCACAACCAUAUCCACAUGGCCAUUCAUACAAGUCUAAUUCUUAUGCUGAUGUGAAAUCGGCCAAUAUGGCACAUAAACAACAGUAUAAAGAAAGGUUAAUGCAACAGUACCAACAGCAGCAAAAGCAAAUGCAUUAUGGAAGUCACCCAUCAUUACCAUUAUCUCCCAAUGCCAUUUCCUCAAAGCAAAGGAUUAAAACACCACGAGAGCAGGAAUUCGUCAAGGAAUAUGAAGAGAUUGCUCGUAAACGGGCCGAAUUGGAGUACGAAUUACAGAAGUUAAAGAGAACUGAUCAACCAGCUCGGUCUCAAGGUCAGAAAACACCUUCAUCGCCUUCAAAGUACAAGAGUUCCUCAAGAACGAAAGAUGAGUUUUCCAUUGGCUCGUACGACUCCAUUGAUGAGAGACAACGGUGCUCACGUGAUGAUUUGAGUAAGAAAAUGUCAAACUAUGUCACCGAUGAAGAAGAGGAAAUGGUACGUGGGGAACAUGGUGAACAAGUCAUGCUCAACUAUGUCAGCUCAAGCAAUAUGUUUAGACGUGGUGACGAAUCUCCACCACCCCCACCCCCCCCAAAGCAUUUGACUCCUUCAAAAUCACAAAUCUCCAGUGGAGUCAACAAUGACAUGAGUUCUAAUUCGCAAAUGAGAAUUCCUUUUGACAGUGACGAUUUUCGUGCUUCAGGACAUCAAGGCAAUGCUAUGGGGAGUAUAAAUAAUGAUGAUGACUACUAUCGUCUAUACAUGCAACACGAGGAAUUGAAAAACUCCAUCAAAUCAUUACAAAGUGAUGUUAUGAACUUGUCAGAGUUGAGUGCAACCAGUGCAGGCUCAUUCAUGAGACACAAGUAUGAAAAAGAUUUACAACAAAGUCAAUCACGUAUGAAGGGGAUGGCCAUCAAUGAGGAUAUUUAUGAUUCAACCAUGGUUGAAGAAGAUGCAGAAUAUGAUGAUUUGGGAGUGGAGUCCAAAUCUGAUGUAAUGAGUGCCGUGUUUGAGGAUAAAAAGAAGGCAAAUGGAAACAUUUUCAAAAAAUUAUUGAAAAGAUCAACACAAGAGCAAUUGAAUCCUAUCGAACAAAGAUUACAACGACAAGAUGAAAUUGAUUUGGUUAGUUACAAGAUGGACAUUAAUAGAAUGAAUUCAUUAACGUCAAAGGAGAAACAAGGUCGCACUAAACGUGUGGUGAAAAGUGAAGCAAAUCUAAUCGUUAAACCAUUGGAUUACAUCUCCGAAAUAAAUACUAAUGAAACGACUGGAUUUAAUCAAGGAAGCGGUGAGUGUGCCACUGAUGAUGACAAUAAUGAUUUUCUUGAUUUAUCGCUGAUGCCAAUGUCCAAAAUUGAUGCAUUCAUUGCCAAUUAUGAUAUUCGUUACGAUUUGAAUGAUUUUAUAUCUGAUGUUUCCGUCAAAUUUCAUAAUUCAGAGUUGGAGAAGAUUAGAUGUGUGUUGUUACAUAUGUGCAAAUUCCACGUUAUUGAAGAGGAAGGAGAAGGAGGAGGAGGGCAUGCAACAGCAGGUAUUUCCCAAGUGAAGCCCAAAUUGAAGGAAGUUCAACUGAAGGGAGAAGCAUCAAUAUUCCAAAUCAAUUAUAUUUUCAAGAAGAUUCUUGAUGCAUUGAGAAUUCCAUGUGAAGUUGUAUUGGGGUUUUGGAAAAAGCCAAAUGAGUUUUAUCAUAAUGAACAAUAUGUUAUUAAUCAUUGUUGGUUAUCAGUAUUGGUUGAAGAUAAGUUUCGAUUGAUCGAUAUAUAUAAUUUCGAAAACCCGUCCAUUUGCAAUUUACAAGACGUUGGUUAUAAUGAGUUUUAUUUUCUUGCUCAGCCAUUGAGUUUGGUAUCAACCCACAUUCCAUCAAUUAUUGAUUUGCAACAUGUAACACCACCUAUUGAUCCCAGUAUUGCAUUUUAUCUACCUCGUACAUAUUCCGGAUUCUAUGCCAAUGAGUUAUCUUUUCAUAACUUUAACAACGCAUUGACUAGAUUGAAGGACCUAGAGAUUUGUGAAUUGGAGUUGUAUGUUCCUACAGAUGUUGAAUUGUUCACUUUGGUUAAAACUUCCAAGUUAACCACAAACGAUUUAAGCUUAUGUCAAAUCAAAUGGGUUAAUCACAGACGUAUGGCUAAAAUUAAAGCUAUUUUACCCAAGAACGAAUCAAUUGGAGUAUUACAAAUAUUUGCUGGGCCUAAAGGAUUACAAAAACAUUUUGAUAAUAUUCAUCAAUUAUCAAUUGUGAUUCCAUUGACUCAUCAGGGCUCGAAUAGACAAACUAAAUUUGUUCAAAGAUUCCCUACUGUACAGAGUCAAUUGAAUGAUUUAUACAUUGUCAAACCACAGGCUAAUAAGUUGUUGCUAAAAACUACCUAUCAAUUUCAAAUUGAGCAAUAUCCAAGUCAAGGUUUGCGUCAUGCGCAUGAAUUAUCAUCGUCAUUGCCAGAUUUCAAAAUAGUUAUUGAAUCCCCUCUGGGGAAAUAUUUUAAAUUAACUCGUGAUGAAGAUGAAAUAGACCAUGCUGGUGGUGAUGGAAGAAUUACUGGCUCAUUUCCUAAACCAUUUGGUGUUUAUUCAUCCAAUAUCAAGUGUCUGGAACUUGGUGUUUAUCGAGGAUUGGUUAUUGGAGAUAAUGGUAAUAGUUGGUAUGUGUUUGCUCAAUGGGAGAGUGUUCAGAGCCUAGGCGUGUGA